ACCUGGACUAACCGCAGAGAAGUUCAUGGGUUUUGCUGCUUUCUCCGUGUCCGCGAAGUGCUCAUCGUGAAGCAUUCGCCAUUUUGAAACCCAAAUCGUUCACAGUACACCCGCCCUGAAACCUGGAACUAUGCCGCGGGGCCGGCCUCGCAAACUGAGGGAUAAAACCAACGACGGAACAGAUCCAUCUGGAGCCAAGCAAGAUUACAGCCAUGGGAAUUCCAAGGACAACAAGUGCACUGUCUGUUCCCAGAGCUUUACCACAGAGAGCCAGCUACAGAGGCACCAGCGUGAUCAUGAGGCCAAUGACAAGCCUCACCGGUGUGACCAGUGUCCCCAGACAUUCAACGUGGAGUUCAAUCUCACGCUCCACAAGUCCACACACACCACCUCGGACCCCACCUGCCCUGUGUGCCAAAAGAAGUUUUCUCGCGUGGCCAGUCUCAAGUCCCACAUUAUGGUGCACGAGAAGGAGGAGAAUCUGAUCUGUACGGAGUGUGGGGACGAGUUCAUUCUCCACAGCCAGCUUACUCUGCAUCUGGAGGAGCACCGCAAAGAGCUGUCCGGGGCCAAUGUCUACACCUGCAAGACCUGCAGCAAGGAGUUCAAGAUGGCCAGCCAGCUCAAGGAACAUGCCAAGAUCCACGUCAAGAUGAGGCCACUCAGCUCCAAUUCCAGGAACUACAAGAAGAACAUUGAUCGCAGUGGGUUCACUAACAGGUGUCAGCACUGUGGCAAGAUGUUUAAAAAGCCCAGUCAGCUCGUCCGACACACGCGAAUACACACAGGUGAGCGUCCGUACCAGUGCAGCCACUGCAGUAAGGCCUUCAACCAGAAGGUGGUGCUGCAGACCCACAUGGUGAGGCACACUGGCGAGAAGCCCCACCUCUGCCUCUACUGUCCCGCCUCCUUCUCCCAGAAGGGCAACCUGCACUCGCACGUCCAGCGGGUACACUCUGAGCUAAAGGGAGUGCCCCUGUUCCCUUGUAUGGACUGUAGCUGUGUGUUCAAAAAGCUGGGCAGCCUUAAUGCCCACAUCAGCAAGAUGCACAUCCUACUGAUCGAUGAAACAGCAAAUUCACAGGAGGCGGAGGAGUCUGGCCAGGCCGUGGCUGGGUCGGAGGGCAGCGAGGUGGUGACCGACGUGAUCCAGCAGCUCCUGGAGCUCUCUGAGCAGGUGACCGGAGAGGGUAGCCAACCGCAGGCCCCGGAACAGACCAUCACCAUGGAAACAGCCAUCAACCAGGACAUACUUCAGCAAGCCCUGGAGAACAGUGGUUUGAGUGUGGUUCAGACCCAGACCAAUGGAGAGGCCAGGCCGACUCAGAACCAAGCCACCGGUGGUGCUCUGCCCGACUGUAAGAAGUUACAAGGCCCAAACAAAAUCACCAAGAAGGAGAAGAGAAGUAUUUUCAAGAAACCUGUACAACUUCCAGGCUCUAUCAGGGAGGAGAACGGGGUGCGUUGGCAUGGCUGUCCCUACUGCAGCAAGGAGUUCAAGAAGCCCAGCGAUUUGGUGCGCCACAUCCGCAUCCACACGCACGAGAAGCCCUUCAAGUGCAAGCAGUGCUUUCGUGCCUUUGCCGUCAAGAGCACCCUCACCGCCCACAUGAAGACACACACGGGCAUCAAGGCUUUCGAGUGCCAGACCUGCAUGAAGUGCUUCUCCACGUCGGGCAGCAUGAAGGUCCACAUGCGCCUCCACACGGGUGUGCGUCCAUUUCCGUGCCCUCACUGUGAUAAGAUCUUCAGAACAUCGGGCCACAGAAAAACACAUAUUGCCUCCCACUUCAAGAGCCUGCAAAAGAAGAAGCACAAGUUCCCUCGCAAAUCCCACAAAACCAAGGUGUCCAAGAGCAGCUUACCUUUGCCUGACAUCCCCCUACAAGAGCCCAUACUCAUCACUGACCUUGGUCUAAUUCAGCCCCCCCGUCUGGGUUUUCACACGUACCUGGAGUUGGACAGCGACCGGCCAUACAAGUGUGCCUACUGUAACAAGGGCUAUAAGAAGUCCAGCCACCUCAAGCAGCAUGUCAGGUCUCACACGGGGGAGAGGCCGUACAAGUGCGUCCAGUGCAGCAAGGGCUUUGCCUCGUCCGGGGUGCUGAAAGCCCACAUCCGGACGCACUCGGGCCUCAAGGCUUACAAGUGCUUGAUGUGCGACACCACGUUCACCACCAGCGGCAGCUUGAGGCGCCACAUGACCACCCACAGUGACACUAGACCAUACAUGUGCCCCUACUGCCAGAAGACCUUCAAGUCGUCGCCCAACUGCAGGAAGCACAUGAAGACGCACAGGUACGAGCUGGCCCAGCAGCUCGACCAGCGGCAGAACGCAGAGCCCUCACCUCUGGACGACCCCAUGGACGGCACCAGCGUGACCCACGACCUGCAGGUAGAGCUGGACGGGGGCUCGCUGCAGCAGCAGGCUCCUCCCACCGUGGGCUCGGAGCAGCAGGCCAUGCUGGGGCUGAGCCAAGCGCAGGUGGUGGGCGGCUGCCAACAGGUCUCGUUGGAGACGCAGCUGAGCGACCAGCCGCUGGGACAGGACGAGGACUCCUUUGCGACUACCCAGCAUGCUCUGCCUCAGAACAUCAGCCAGUUUGAGGCGCAGGCACUCCCUCCAACUGGCUUUGACCAGCAAUCCCUUACUCAAGGCUUCACCAUCAGCACCGAUGGCUACGCCCAGGCCCAGUUCUCCACGGUGCAGCAGCUGCAGGACUCCAGCACCCUGGAGUCUCAGGCCCUGUCAUCCAGCUACCAUCCCCAGAACCUGCUUCAUGUACCCAGCCAAGAGGUGACAAGCGGUCUGCUCCAGGAGACUAGCCCAGGUGACCUCCAGCUGUCCGACCAGACACAGGAAUACCCUGACCCAGACAGCGAGGAUAACAGCAAGAGGGCAUACAGGUGUAACAUAUGCAACAAACCUUUUAAGAAGUCCAGCCACCUGAAGCAGCAUGUCCGCUCCCACACCGGGGAGAAACCCUUCCGCUGUAACCAGUGCGGCAGAUGGUUCGUCUCUGCAGGGGUCCUCAAGUCCCACCUCAACACGCACACUGGAGUGAAGGCCUUUAAGUGCGUUGUGUGCGAUGUCUCCUUUACCACCAAUGGCAGUCUGAACCGGCACCAAAUCAUCCACCAGAAACCCUACAACUGUCCCAUGUGCGAGGACAGCUUCCGCACCAGUGUGCUUUGUCGGAGGCACAUGAAGAAGGACCAUGGCGUAGUAGACCGGGUUAUUGAUGAAGAGGAGUGCGAGGAUGAAGAGGACUGCGAGCAGGUUGUAAUGAAGAGGAAUCGGGCUGACAUCAUCACGUUCACCGAGGAACAGGCAGCGGAGUUGGCCAAGAACGACCCGGGCGACGAGGCGUCAGUGUCUGAAAAGGUGCUCGCCCAGUCGGCAGCGGAGCGCGACCGCAUCAGCGAGAUCAAGGACAAAGCGGUGGAGCUGGAGACAGAGCCCAAGUUCGCCAACUGCUGCAACUUCUGUCCCAAGAGCUUCAAGAAGCCCAGCGACCUCGUCAGACACAUCCGGAUUCACACAGGAGAGCGUCCCUACAAAUGUGACGAGUGUGGGAAGAACUUCACAGUGAAGUCCACCCUGGACUGUCAUGUUAAAACUCACACGGGUCAGAAACUGUUCGACUGUCACAUGUGCAACACGUCUUUCUCCACCAAAGGGAGUCUGAAAGUCCACAUGCGCCUCCACACGGGCUCCAAGCCCUUCAAGUGCCCCUUCUGUGAGCUCCGCUUCCGUACCUCGGGCCACCGCAAGACCCACAUCCAAUGUCACUACCGGCCCAGCUCGGAGGGUCGGAAGUCCAAGCGAACGGCGUCAUCCAGAACCAACCAGAGCCACCAUGACACAGAGCAGAACCAGGGUCAGCAGCAGCACCAGGCCAACUCGGAGAGCCUGCACCCUGUGGGGCUUCUCCAAGCCACUACCGCAGACCCCAACAUCUACCUCCCAGCUAACCAGGUCCUCGGAGGUCAGUUUGACCAGAAUCUGCUACAACAAAGCCUGGUGGGCCAAGCUCUCCUGCCCGCCUCCAUGUCUGCCGGAGGGGACCUGACCGUGUCUCUGUCGGACGGUCUUGCUACUCUGGAGGGUAUCCAGCUCCAGCUGACCUCGGCCAACCUAGUGUGUCCCAACCUCCAGAUCUCUGGCAUCGAUGCCAGCAACAUCAACAACAUCACCCUACAGAUCGACCCAGCCAUCCUCCAACAGACGCUUCAACAGGGUGGUCUCCUCUCCCAUGCCCUGGCAGGAGACCCAGGCUUGACCGGCCACCCGGGCGCCCACCUCAUGUCCACAGGAGACCCCUCGGCGCCCGGCCCCAACCUGGUCCUCCACCCACUCACCAGCUUGGCCUUGCAGUCCUCUGCCGUCGGCACUGGGAACGUUGCCAUGGGCGGCCUCGACAACACAGGUGCAUGGUGGACUCAAACAGGAAGUCCUUACAGGAAUCCUAAUGCGCCAGAGGCCUCCCAUCACGACCUGAGCCAAGUGUUAAGUAGUUCUGGACUCAGCGGUGCUCAGGAGAUCACCCUGACCAUCAACAACUCCAGCCUCACCCAGGCUUUAGCCCAGGCCCAAGCUUCAGCGAGUGGGACCAGUGGUGCUGGCCUCCACCCCCAGGAGAUCACACUCACCAUAUCAGGUCAGGACCUGCUCCAACACCAGGCAUCCUCUGCGAACGGGGAGGUGGGUGCUGGGAUUAGGCUGGGCGCCCACCAAACCACCAACGCCACCCUGAACCUUGGCAACGAUCACCUCCUGCCUCAGAGCAACACCGGCAUGACUGUCAACAGCCUCCCCCCCAGCACCUCCCUGUCACAGACGGCUAUCUCCCAGAGUCUGGUGAUGUCAUCGUCCAGCAUGGCGAGCGACGGCAGCGUGACUCUCACCUUGGCUGACACCCAAGGCAUGAUGGACGCUCAACCUCAGUUCACGCUCAACCUCAACCCGCAGAGUCAACCGUACCACACUGUGCUCAGUGACCCAAGUCUGUCAGGUCAGCAGGUCGGCACCUCCCAGGAGGUCAUACUGGUCAGCCACCACCCCCAGCAGGACUCUGAAGGAUACAGGCAGCUGUUGGAGGAGGCACAGGCGGUGGGGAAGGAGGAGCAGGGGGAGAACCCGAAGCAGAACCAGUGUUUCUACUGCGACCAGGUUUGCCAGAGCGCAAACACACUGCGACGACACUGCAGGCAAGCCCACGGCAAGGAACGCUGUCACGUCUGCCGGGAGUGUGGCAAGGCCUUCAAAAGAGCCACUCACCUGAAGGAGCAUGAGCGUGUCCACCAGCGAGGACCCUCACUGGGCUCCCAGAGGCCCAAGUACUUUAAAUGCUCCUCUUGUGAAAAGGCCUUCGCCAAACCCAGCCAACUCGAGAGGCACAAUCGAACACACACAGGAGAACGUCCUUUCCAGUGCUCCCAGUGUGACAAGGCCUUCAACCAGAAGAGCGCCCUGCAGGUGCACACAGUCAAACACACGGGGGAGAAGCCCUAUAAGUGUGAGGUCUGCAGCAUCGGCUUCACCCAGAAGAGCAACAUGAAGCUGCACAUGAAGAGGUCGCACGGCUACGGUCCAGACCGGACCCAAGAGGGGACUUUGGUGCAAGGGCGAAACACUGAGGUGGAGGUCACGCCCGAGCUGGACGACCUUGAGGAGGUUGUACAGGGAUCUUCAGGAGAGUGGCCUUGUGGCAUCGCCAGUGUCUUCCCGUAGUCUUUGUCAGCUUGGUGUUCCGCUGUCCAACCCCGCGUAGAUUCUGUUGAUUAGAUCCUCUAUGCCGAUGUGAAGAAACAUGCGGCUCUGCUUGUUUGGCAAGUUUGACAUUUUUUUCGCACUUUUUCUGAAUCAUGUCCACAUUGGCUAUAGGAACAGAGUGCACGGCUGUAGGUGUUCAUACACAUGUGCGCUCACACACACACACACACACACACACACACACACACACACGCACAAACAUUGCACACAUAAGAUUGUAUUAAAAACAGAGGUCUCGGUUUUUCCACUGACUAAAAUUAUAUCAGCCUGCACUUCAUCAUCAACAUGAGUCCCUUAUGAGACAUUUUAGUCAAUAAGCCCUUUGGUAAUCAGCGGUUGACCAUACAAGAUUCUUCACCAGUUCGGACUCAUGUCCCAGGUUAUCGUUUUGAACACUACUGAUGUGCGUGGCUGCCUUGUCGGCUCGGCGAUACUGGUUUAUUCUUCUCCGUUGGGUUGUGCGUGUGCAAUCUAGCCAAGUCCCGAAGCAUCUCCCCAGAAGUCCGUAGGCUAAUGAAUCAAAUGCAUUUGCUAAGACCUUUUUUCACGUCAGCAGAGCUCUCAAACUGCUUUACAAUCCCCAUCCUGGCCCAGAAGUGCAAGCAGAAGCCGAGUUUACACAGAGGUAGGAAGUGACAGUGACUGCUAUGUGGAAUUUUGACCUGUGCUUAUUCCCAUCCGAUCAUUUCAGAUCUACACAUUUUAUUAAUGCGCCAUAGUGUCACAGCGGCCCACACAAACUGUGUGCACUGUGCAGUUUUUUUUAUCUAUUUUUGCAUGUUGACACUGUCCCCUUUUCAAAAAAGGCAAGCUAAACCGUGAUAUGUAUUUUGGAAUGUGUUUCUGUUGUAAGCAAAUUGCUUUUCUCCCUUGAGUUGAAGGCGGCCUUGAAUCGGGAGAAUAUAAAGUGCCGAAGGUCAAACCUGGGAUCACAUACACCUCAGUUUUUUUUUGCAUUUGCUUUAGUCUGGGGUCUGCCAGAAGGGUGGAUUUGCCCAACUUGCUGGUUACUGCCAUAGAGAUGGAAAGAGGUGUCAUCAGUGUAACCAUUCCAUUAUGGCCUCUGUUCCAGCAUGAACAGCGUGAUUGAGACCAUCUCCAUGUUAAAGACCUAUUUUGAGUUGUGAUUAUCAGGAUGGAUCAGCCAACUGCCUACCUACUUUAAGAACAUUAAAAUGGUGGAUGCAUUCGGUAUUGAUGUCCGCGCCGGAACACAUUUUCUCCCAGUGAAGUCCUCUAAACAUCUCUAUUUGGGUUCAUUGUCUGAGGAAAUCCCAGUCAAGCCAUGAUAUACCAUUUCUGGCACUGAAGACCUGGUACUGUUUUUUUUCUGAGGGCUUUAGGGGUUGACUCUCCAUACUGACAAUAUGUUGCAUCCAAUUAUCAUUGUUUAAAAGCUCACGUUCAGCCAUUUUGUACUAUAAUAUUUUAUUUUGGAAUGUAAAUACUGUAUGAUAUAAUGCAUAUAUUUUUGGAUUUCUUUUCACGAGCUACUGUACAGUACACAGGUUGUGAACAAGAAUGUUCUCGUUCUGUUCGGCCAGUUGCGGUGUACAUACUAGAAUCUGUGAAACCUUUUUGGGGCAGGAAUGUAUUUUGUAAUGUUGAAAUUAUUUAAGUAAUAAAAAAAAUAGUCAUUUUG